CGAUAUGGUCACGUCGCUGGCCCAAAUCAGCAACGCGUCAUCGCUGAAAUUUGGUCAUGUCGCGGCAAAUUUGGACUUCAGUUGUAUAAUGGCAGAAGAGUCCUCCAAGGCGACAACAACGCCUGUUGUAUCAAGCGAUGAGAAGAAUUUUGUUGUUUCGUUCAUUCAGUUUAUUCGCCAUAAGGUCUCAGCGAAUCAGUGCACGGAGGAUCAGAUUGAAGCUCUAGAAGUGGCUGUGCAAUGUAUGGAAUCUGCAUUCGGGCUCACUGAUGCCAACUAUGCUUUCCAGCCCUCCAAACCACUACUCGAUGUUUUUAUUGCUGCGGAAGGGCUCCCUUCAGGAGAAGACAAACUCCCGGAGCCGACUGAAGCCGAAAUAGCGGAGGCCAACAAAUUGAAGGAAGAGGGUAAUGACUUGAUGAAAGCUUCUCAGUUUGAUGCUGCUGUCAGCAAAUACAAUGAAGCUAUAAAACUGCAUAGAGAUCCCGUAUAUUUUUGUAACAGGGCAGCUGCAUACUGUCGUCUAGAACAAUAUGAUCUCGCUAUACAGGACUGCCGAACUGCUUUAGCUCUCGAUCCCAAAUACAGCAAGGCUUAUGGUCGAAUGGGGCUCGCGUUAUCAUGCCAGAACCGUUAUGAGCAGGCUGUUGAAGCUUACAAGAAAGCUCUAGAACUUGAUCCCAACCAGGAAAGCUUCAAAAACAAUUUGAAGAUAGCCGAAGAAAAAGUGAAGGAGAUGGAGUCAGCGGCCCAUGCUAGCGGGGUACCACCGAACCCAUUCGCCGCCAUGUUUGGAGGCAAUGCAGGGGGAGCUGGUUUACCACCUGGCAUGGACUUCGCAUCACUUUUCAAUAAUCCACAGAUGCUCAACAUGGCUCAGAGUCUAAUGAAUGACCCCAACAUACAAAAUAUGAUGGGACAGUUGAUGUCAGGUGGUGCAGGCUUCGGCAAUAUUUUCCAAGCUGGUCAACAGCUCGCCCAACAAAUGCAGCAGUCCAAUCCUGAAUUUGUCGAGCAGUUGAGGCGGCAGUUUGAAGAUCAUGGCCGGAGUAACAACGAGAACAAUGAGGGCGGAAGUGAACAUGACCAGAACCAGAAUAACCAGCAAGACCGACAACAACAAUAAUGUCUCGGAGUUGCGUUUUAUUGAUUCGUUUUCAAGAAAUCUUCCAAGUCUUUGCCUGACUGUUCCUAUCUCUUCCUUUUGUUAUAUCACUAAACUGUUGAUAUUGGAGCUUGAUGUCUCGUCAUUUCAUUGCUUCUGUUUAUAUAAUCCAUAGGAUAUUGUGAUAAAAGACGUAUAGAACGCAUCAUUUUAUUGUAAUACCGAUACCAUUCGGAACAAAUAAAUAAGGGAUUUGAUAAGCA